CCACUUAUUAAUAGUAAUAAUCUUAUUUGUUCCAGAUGCCCAAUUACAUACAUUUUUCUUUACUCAGUUAUAACUGUAUAUCAAUUGCAAUAAUCAUUUCUCAAAAUUGCUUUCCUCCAAUUUUGAGGUUUCUGUUACUAUUGAAUUUACAAUUGCUUAGACUAUCCCCUUGAGUAUUCUCCUGAGAUUCUAAUAUUGGCAUAUAAUGUUAUAAGUGCUUGUAUGUCUAAAAUUGUCUUUUGCUCUAACGGAAGCAUGGUAUUCAGCUAGAGUGGGUUUAAAAUUCUUGGAUUGAAGCCCCUUUCAAUAAUUUGUAGAUGUUUUCUUCUAAUAUGGCUCCAGUGUUGCAAAUAAAUCUAGUGCCAUUGUGAUCCCUUUCCAUUGUAAAUAACAUGCUGUUUCUGCCUGGAAGCAUUUUAAAUUUUCUUUUUAUUCUUUAAAUUCAAUACCAAACCAGAUUUGGGGUUGAUUUGGUUCCUCUGGGAGUAAAGGAUUGGGAGGAUUUCUGUGGGGGGGCAUCACAGAGUUAGAGUCCAAUAGGAUUAGAUAAUCCAGGGCCUAUAGAUGCUAUUCAUGUUGGGUCAGUGAGUGAUAAUCUUGGGAAAUCCUUGAAGAAACAUAAUUAGAGACAUAUGUUGGUAAGUGAUUGAGACCUCUGUAGAAAUUCUUGAAGUUUUAUAAGAGUUGGAGGUCUGAAGUCAUCUAAAGUAUCUGAAGUCAUCAGUCAGUCCAUGAGAGUUAUUGAUUGGGACACUGAGGUGGUGAAAGAUUGAUUGCAAGCCUGGGAUUUUAAGUCUUUGGGAGACAGUUUUAGGAGCCCUAUGGGAGUCAUUGAUUGGGACCUGUAGACAUCGGUAAUUGCAGGACUGUGUGAGUUAGUAUGUGAUGGACCGGAAGGUCUAUAUUUGAGGGGUUUAUGGGAGUCAUUGACUCUACAUAUGGGCUGUGAGUUAUGGAGUCCUAUAGGAGGUCAGGUUUGGAUCCAGGGGUCAUUGAGCAGAUUAAUAGUUGAUUUUCUAUUGAGGUUGUGUUGCCUGUGUUGGUGAUUAUUUGAGGAACCUAUGGAAACCAGUUGAUGGCACCAUUUGGGGCACAGUUUUUGUCAAGCAGUGUAGGUUACCGAUUUAGGAGCCUGUGCAGACAUGCUGACUUUCAGGGCCAGAUGGGAAUUGGGAGAGAGGGGACAAAGAGUUUAUGUUUUCAUCUUUGGCAGAAGAGGGUGGGUGGGCUCUAUAAGUUGCCCAGAAUGUACACUGAAUUAUACAGACGCUUGGUUUAUCACAUGUGACAUGUCAUCCUUCAGCCAGAGCACUUUAAAGGCAGCAAGAAACAGAAAUAAUGUUUAUUGUGAUUCUUCCACGUAUCGAAUACCAUAUGGCACAGUAGUUAAGAAAAUUAAAAAAAAAAAAAAAAAGAAAAUGUACUUUGGAGCUAGGCAGACCUGGGUUUGAAUCCCUGUCCUUCCCCCUAAUCUAAGAGAUCUUGGGGCAAAUUUCUUAAUAUUUAUGAACAGCUCUAUCUGAUGGUAAAUGGGAAUAAUAGCAAAAGUAAUGCCUAGUUCAUAGGAUGAGUGUGAAAAUUAAACGAGGUACCGAAUAAAACAUUCCUUGCACCUUAUAAUAACAGCAAUAUUUAAUAUCAAUGGAGUGUGUUCCUGAUGCCAAAUAGGAGUGCUUUUGAAGCAUCGUGUCAUUUAACUCUAACAGCCCUAUGAGAUGGGUGUUUUCAUCCUCAGUUUUUUGUUUGUUUGUUUGUUUUGCGGUAUGCGGGCCUCUCACUGCUGUGGCCUCUCCCGUUGCGGAGCACAGGCUCCAGACGCACAGGCUCAGCGGCCAUGGCCCGCAGGCCCAGCCGCUCCGCGGCAUGUGGGAUCCUCCUGGACCAGGGCACGAACCCGUGUCCCCUGCAUCGGCAGGUGGACUCCCAACCACUGCGCCACCAGGGAAUCCCCCAUCCUCAGUUUUAAGGUGAAGAAACUCAGACUAAAGUGGUUUCCCCAGAUUCCAGCUAGAAUGCAAAAGAGCUGGAAUUCAAACUCUCAUUCGUUUUACACCAAAUCUCAUGAGUUUUUUUCCAUAUUGUAUGCUAAUACUUGGUGUUGAUUACUGAACUUUUCUCUUCCACAGUAUCCAGUGUUGUAAACUGUACUUUGGUGCCCCCAGGAAGCAUUUAUGGGGUGAAUGCUGAAUGACUGACCACGUGGACACUGUCUUUCCAGGUUUCUUGGAGUCUCUGCGCAGCCCCUGGGCCAGACCCCGUAGUGAAGGCUGCAGGAUCUUCCUUCCAGCCCCAGAAGCUCUGGCUGAGUCCACGGACCCGCCUGGCCUCAGGGUACCGGGAAGAGCGGAGUUGUCAGCAGGAGAGCCUGAGGGUUGAGGCUCAGCGGGACAAUGCCAGCCAACCGGAGCUCUCCCCAGUGGUCCCCAGCCCUGGCUGCAGAGGGACAUGGCAGUGUGUGUGAGGUGUCAUUCAAGGAUGUGACUGUGGACUUCAGCAGGGAGGAGUGGCAGCACUUGGACCCUGCUCAGAGGCUCCUGUACCGGGAUGUGACGCUGGAGAACUAUAGCCACCUGCGCUCAGUGGGGUACCAAGUUCCCAAACCAGAGGUCAUCUUCAAGUUGGAGCAAGGAGAGGGGCCAUGGACGUUGGAGGAGGAAACCCCACACCAGAGCUGCUCAGAUGAGGAUAAUGGGCAAACCCAACAACAGAGAAUUUCUGGAGAAGUUUCAUUACACUGUGAGAAAUUUGGUCAGUCCAUAGGAAAAGAUUCAUUGUGUUCCAUUGUAGAAGAACUGUGGCAAGAUAAUGACCGGCUAGAGAGAUGUCAAGAAAACCAAAAUAACCCUUUAAGUCAUGUGAAAGUAUUGAUUAAGGAGAGGGGCUAUGAAUGUAAAAACAUUGAAAAAAUAAUUCACGUGAGUACCAGGCUUGUUCCUUCCAUUAAAAGACUCCAUAACUAUGACACAUUUGGAAAGAGUUUGAAGCAUACUUUAAACUUACAUAAUCAUAAUAAAAGCAAUGCAACAAAGAACUUUGAUAAAAUUUUUAGAAAUGGUAACAAUUUUGCCCAUAGCUCUUCCUCUACUAAGAAUGAGAAUGCUAAUACAAGAGCAAACUCCUGUGAACUUAAUCAAUGUGAAAAACAUCUUGGCCACAAACAAGUUCUCACCCACCAUCAGAAAAUUCAUACUGAAGAGAAACUUUAUGUGUGUACUCAAUACGUACAGACGUUCACCCAAAAGUCACAUCUUUUUGAGCAUCAGAGAAUUCAUGCUGGAGAAAAAUCCCAUGAAUGCAACAAGCGUGAGAACGUCUUCACUCAGAAGCCGCAAACUGAGGUACCUCAAAGUGUUUACACAAGAGAGAAACCUUUUAUAUGUACUCAAUGUGGGAAGGCCUUUACACUCAGGUCAAACCUCAUUACACAUCAGAAAAUUCAUACUGGGCAGAAACCCUAUAAAUGCAGUGAAUGUGGAAAAGCCUUUUUCCACAGAUCAUAUCUCUUUAGACAUAUGAGAAUUCAUACAGGAGAAAAACCUUAUGAAUGCAGUGAAUGUGGAAGAGGCUUCUCCCAGAAUUCUGACCUCAAUAUACAUCAGAAAACUCAUACUGGAGAGAAACACUAUGCAUGCAGUGAAUGCGGGAAAGCCUUCACAAGAAAAUCAGCACUCAGGAUGCAUCAAAGAAUUCACACAGGAGAGAAACCUUAUGUAUGCACUGAAUGUGGGAAGGCCUUCAUCCAGAAAUCCCAUUUCAAUACACAUCAGAGAAUUCAUACUGGAGAAAAACCUUAUGAAUGCAGCGAUUGUGGGAAAUCGUUCAUUAAGAAAUCACAACUCCAUGUGCAUCAAAGAAUUCAUACAGGAGAAAAACCUUAUAUAUGUACAGAAUGUGGAAAGGUCUUUACUCAUAGGACAAAUCUCACUACACAUCAGAAAACUCAUACUGGAGAGAAACCGUAUAUGUGUGCCGAAUGUGGAAAGGCUUUCAGUGAUCAGUCAAAUCUCAUUAAACACCAGAAAACUCAUACUGGAGAGAAACCCUAUAAAUGCAAUGGCUGUGGAAAGGCCUUCAUAUGGAAGUCACGCCUCAAAAUACAUCAGAAAUCUCAUAUUGGAGAGAGACACUAUGAAUGCAAUGAAUGUGGGAAAGCCUUUAUCCAGAAAUCAACACUCAGUGUGCAUCAGAGAAUCCAUACAGGAGAGAAACCCUAUGCUUGUCCUGAAUGUGGGAAGGCCUUCAUCCAGAAAUCACACUUCAUUGCACAUCAUAGAAUUCAUACUGGAGAGAAGCCUUAUGAAUGUAGUGACUGUGGGAAAUGCUUCACGAAGAAGUCACAACUCCGGGUGCAUCAGAAGAUUCACACAGGAGAGAAACCCAAUAUAUGUGCUGAAUGUGGAAAGGCCUUCACUGACAGGUCAAAUCUCAUAACACACCAGAAAAUCCAUACUAGAGAGAAACCCUAUAAAUGCAGUGACUGUGGAAAAACCUUCACCUGGAAAUCACGCCUCACUAUCCAUCAGAAAUCUCAUACUGGAGAGAGACACUAUGAAUGCAGUAAAUGUGGGAAAGCUUUCAUCCAGAAAGCAACACUAAGUUUGCAUCAGAUAAUUCAUACAGGGAAGAAACCUUAUGCUUGUACAGAAUGUCAGAAGGCCUUCACUGACAGGUCAAAUCUCAUUAAACACCAGAAAACUCAUAGUGGAGAAAAACUCUAUAAAGCCAGUGAUGAAAAUGCCUUCAGCUGGAAAUCACAACUGGAUAUGCAUCAGCUGUCUCAUAGUGGAGAGAUGAGGAGUGCCUGAUGCAUCAAUCAUUGUGCAGGGGGAGUAGAUAUGACAGACUACAAACAGCCUAAGUGAACAGAAGGCAAACAAAGCCAAGUAUCCUUCAGUCAGGUGGAAUACAAGUUGAUAUGCAAUUAUAUGCAUAGGGAGACACUUCAAUAAAGCAUUUGAGCAAUAGCCCUGUUUGGUUUUAUGAUUCACACAGGUACUCUCAAUCUCCUGCAAAUGGUAGAAAUAGAAACCCCAGGAGAUGACUUGUAAUCUCCUGUGUUUCACUUUUUGGAUAAAGGGCUUUAUAAAUUCAGCACAGAUUUGUCCUUCAUACCUUGGGAUGUAAAAGUCCUUAAUACUGGCCAUUUUUUUCAACUUUCUAGGGUGGGGAGAAGAGUAUUCAUUGUUCAAACACCUCCAGGGCACUGAAGUCAAGGCAAAAACCAAUUUGGGAAUGUAUAAUAGAUCUAUGAGUAGAAGCCAGAAGUUCUUGUUAUCAUUGACAUUUAAGACACAGAAAAUAUUGCCCUGAGGAACCAUUCUUUCUCUUCCCUUUGAGAAGUCACCAUGGUAUUUUUUUAAUUAAAUAGAAUUUUUAAACUUAAAGUCUGACUUUAUGCAUUGGCAAAUUAAGCAUAUCUCUAGCCUAUGUUACAGGAAUAGAGUUAUUAAGUGUUACACACACCUAAAGGUGGCAAUUGUUCCCUUAUUAAUUCUAUGCUGUGGCAGCAGGUGACUCACACUCGAAAAUGGUAGGCAUACCUUCUAACCUGUACCAAAAAAGCUAUCAUUUAUGUAAGCUGCAGGCCAUAAACUUCUUAUCCCCUUAGUAACUGACCCUAAGACAAUGAAACUGAGCCACAACACUCUGGACUUCCCAUCUCAUCCACUGAAGCUUCUGCUUUCUUUGGGAUUUCUGUUUGAAAAACAAUGGUUAAGAAAUUGGAUUUCAAUACAUAAAACUUUGGUGGUUUUUCUUCCAAUUUAGUUAAUUUGAUAUAUUCAUUUCCUACAUGCACAUUAAGAGUAAUUUUGUGUACAUUGCUAUGGGAUAAAGUCAUGUUGCAUUGUAGUUUUUUAGCCUAAGAUAUGAUUAUAGUUUAUUAUAGUUGAAUAACUGGAAGACUUCUCUAGAAAGAUCACUGCUUUUUUUAAAGCACUGAUAUAUAAACGCUUUCUUGAUUUCAAUUAAAUGUUUUUUGCAAUACUCAUAAGAAAGGGGCUUUCUUUUUAGCAUGUAAUUUUAUUUUGUUUUUAAACCUUUUUAUUAAAGUAUGCAUACAGAAAAUGCAUAUAUCAUAAGCAUACAGCUCAAUGAAUUCUCACAAACUGAACACUGAUCAAGAAACAGAACAUGACCAGCACCCCAGAAAAACUCCCUGUGCUCCCUUCCAGGCCUUACUGUCCACCUACCCCACCAGGUGAACACUACCCUGACUUAAAUAGCUUUGUCUGCUUGGUAUUUUAUAUAAAUUGAGUCAAACAAUUAUAUUGCAUAUUUUGGUAAUAUACUCUUAAGUGUCUAUCUUCUUUCAUUCACACUGUAAAUAUGAGAUUUGUCCAUAUUGUUGAAUGUAGUUAUGGAUAAUUCAUUCUUAUUGUCAUGUUUUAUUCCAUUCUGUGAAUACUCUACAAUAUAUUUAUCCAUUCUAUUAUUAAUGGACAUUUGUGUUGUUUGCAGCUUGGGGCUAUUGGGAAUACUGCUACUAUAAAUACUUUAGUACCUGUCUAUUGGUGAACAUAUUUAUGAACUUCUGUUAGGUAUACAUCUAGGAGUUGAACUGCCAGGCUAUAUGGUGUUCAUGCUCAGCUAGUUUAUAAAACUAGUUUUCCAAAGUGGCUUUGCCAAUGUACACUCCCACCAGCACAGUAUAUGAGUUCUAUUUGUUCCACAUCCUUGUCAACACUUGGUAUUUUCCAUCAUUUUUACUGUAGCCAUUAUGGUGGAUGUAUAGUGAUAUCUCAGUGUGCUUUAAUUUUUAUUUCCUUAUCCUCCAAUCUCACCAUCUUCCCAAGACAGUUGACUGAUAUCUCAGAUCUGAAACCCAGGCAUGGCUCUCAUGUGACUGUACCAUUUUACAUCUCACCAGCAAUAGUAAGCAAUUAGUAACUUUAAAUCUUUCCACACAAAAAUGCCCAAAGCUUGAUGGUUUAACUGGUUAAUUGCAUUAAACAUUUGAGGAGAAAUAAUAUCAACACUCCACAAAAUCUUUCAGAAAAUAGAGGAGGAAGGAACACUCCCCAACUCUAUGAGGCCAGUAUUACCCUGAUACUUAAGCCAUACAAACACAUCACAAGAAAAUAAAACUACAGACCAACAUUUCUCAUGAACAUAGAUGUAAAAAUCUUCAACAAAAUAUUAGCAAAAUGAAUUCAGCAACAUAUAAAAGGAUUAUACAUCAUGACCAAGUGGGGUUUAUUCCAGUGAUAUAAGGCUGCUUCAACAUUCAAAAAUCAGUCAACGCAAUCUACCAUAUUAUAUAUACAAGGUAAAGAAGAAAAAUCACAUGAUCUACAAAUUCAACACAACUUUAUCAAAUUUCCAGCAGACUUUGUUCCCCAGAAAUUGAUAAGCUAAUCCUAAUAUUUAUAUAGAAAUAGAAAAGACCAAGAUUAACAAACAGGAAUUUGCUAAAAAGCAAAGUGGAAGGACAGUAACCUCCCAAUUUCAAAACUAUAAAACUACAGUAAUCAAGACAGUAUGGUACUGGCAUGGGGAUAGAGACAUAGAUCAAUGGAACAGAACAGAGAGUCUAGGAAUAAACCCUGAUACUUACGGUAAAAAUAUUUUUUUACAAAAGUGUGAAGGCAAUUCAUUGGGGAAAGAAAAGUCUUUUCAACAUUUGGUGCAAGAAUAAUUACAUAUCCACAUGCAAAAAGAUGAAUUUAACUCUACACACCAUACUAAAAAUUAACCAAAAAAUGGAUCAGAUAUGUAAAUAUAAAAGCUAAAACUAUAAAAGUUUUAGCAGAAAACAUAGGAGAAAAAUCUCUGUGACCUUGUACUAGGCAAGGAAUUCUUAAGUAGGACACCAAGAGCAUGAUCCAUAAAGAAAAAAUGAUAAAUUAGACUUCAUCAAAAUGAAAAAGGUUUAAAACUUCAAAAGGUACCAUUAAGAAAAUGAAAAGACAAAGCACAGACAGGGAGAAAACACUUGUAAAUCAUUUACCUGAUAAAGGACUUGUAUCCAGAAUAUAUACAGAACACUUACAACUCAAUAAAAAGAGGACAAGCAACCCAGUUUAAAAUUAGGCUGAAGAUUUGAAGAGAUAUUUCACCAAAAAAUAUAUACAAAUAAGCACAUGAAGAGAUGCCCAACAUCACUAGUCAUUAGAGAAAUUCUAACUAAAACCACAAUGAAAUACCACUUUAUAUGUACUAAAACGGCUAAAAUAAAAAAAACAAUUAUAAUAAAUGUUGGCAAGGAUAUGGAAAAUCAGGAACUUUCCGACAUUUCUGGUGUGACUGCAUUAAAAUGGUAUAGCCAUUUUGGAGAAGUUUGGCAGUUUCUUAAAAAGUUGAUCAUAAAUUUACCAGAGGACCCAGUACUGCCAUUCCCAUUAUCUACCCAAAAGAUAUGUAAUGUUUUCGUGCAAACACUUACACUUGAAUACUCAUAACAGCAUUAUUCAUACAAGACAAAAAGUGGAGACAAUCCAAAUGUCCAUCAACCAGCAAGUAGAUAAACAAAAUGUGGUAUAUUCAGCAAUAAAAAAGAACAAAUACUAAUAAAUACUACAGCACGAACUGUUCAACUAUGGAUGAACUUCAAAAAUAUGCUAAGUGAAAGAAGUGAGACACAGAAGAUCUAAUAUUGUAUUUGCCUAUUGUAUUUAUAUGAAAUGUCCGCAAAAGUAAAAUACAGAGAUCUGUAGAUUAGUGGUUGUCUGGGUGUGAGAAUGGGAAUCGUCAUUAACUGUUAAUUAGUACAAGGAAUCUUAUUGGGGCGAUUGAAAUGUUACAGAACUUGAUUGUGAUGAUGGUUGCACAACUAGGUAAAUUUAAUAAAGGUCAUUGAGGUGAUCCUUAAUUCCAUUCCUGUUUAAACAUCUGGGUUCCCUGCCAUAACAUCUGUUGCCACCCAUAUCUAGAAUGAAGUGUUGUCUUGGAGCCUGUUGUACAUUUAAGAAUAAACUUUUGUUUUUUUUAAAAAGGUCAUUGAACUGUACAAUUUAAAUAUGGAUCCUAAAUUAUACCUCAAUAAAGUUGUUU